AUGCCGCCCCCUCCCCCCGCCCCUCCCGUCUUCUACUCGUUCAAGGACAACCAGACCCUUGUCGACUCGCUCGCAAACUUUGUCAUCAAGGCGCAGCGGGAUGCCGUCGACAAGCGCGGCAAGUUCACCAUUGCGCUCUCGGGUGGUUCGCUCGCCGCCAACCUCCGCGGCUUAGCGGGUCAGCAGAACGUUCAGUGGGACAAGUGGGAGGUCUUCUUCUGCGACGAGCGUGCCGUGCCUCUGGAUUCCGAGGACUCGAAUUACCACUCCAACUACUUGUCGUUCCUGCAGCACGUCCCAAUCCCCAAGAGCCAGAUUCACACUAUCAACCCUCAGCACCUCGAUGACCUCGAGGAGCUCGCGGACGACUAUGAGAAGCAGCUUGUCAACCACUUUGCCGCGUCCAAUGCCGCACGCUACCCUACCUUUGACUUGAUGCUACUCGGUAUGGGUGUCGAGGGCGAGACGUGCUCCCUCUUUGCCGGCCACGACGUUCUCUCGGAACGUGACGCCUGGGUCACGAGCCUCGACGACGCGCCGAACGGACCCAAGCGCCGUAUCACCAUGACCAUCCCCGUCCUGACGCACUGCUACCGUGCCGUCUUUGUCGUGUCGGGCCCAGAAAAGGCCGACCUUCUUCACACGGUCCUCGACGAGCCCGAGACUGGGCUCCCGUGCUCGCGAAUCCGCCCUGCCGCCCCAGGACUCGUGUUCUGGUUCGCCGACGCCGAGGCCGCCGCCAAGACCCAGUACCCGCCAACAACGUUCCGGUGGAUAGACAACCAGAAGGAGGCCGAGGAGGCCGUUGCGUUGGCCAAGAAGCGUGCCGCACAGCGGGCCGCCGAGCAGGACUAA